AUGGCUCAAUCACUAAAACUCCCAACUCUUCUCUGUUUCACCUUCUUCAUCAUAUCUUUGUUGCUUUCGCAAACACAAGCAAGAAACGUCCAAACCAUAACCGAACUAACCGAUCUGAACCAGAGUGUACCGGUGCAAGAGCAAGAGCCAGUCUUUGUCCGAGAUACAGGACAUGGUUAUGGUCUCUAUGGUCGUCGUGAGGGCCACACCAAGAAUGAAGAAGAUAACUCAAAUGAUAUAGACGACAAUGAUCAAUUUUACUAUAGGAGUGACGCUUAUGGGAACCGUAAUGGUAGAUUCUAG